GAUAAAACGUACUUGCCGUAUUUCAGACGAGGUUGAAAAAUUUCUCAUCCGUUAGCUUUCAAGUUUACGUUUGAUCCCACAAGAGGGAGGUUUUUAACCAAUAACAGUCAAAACGUUUUCAGUUUUCUUUCCAAUUUCGUCAACUUCCCUCCCAUUCUCUUUCUUCCCUAAGUUUCCGGUUUUCCUUGUCACCCAGCACCCUAAAUCUCACUGCUUAUACGUCGGUGACAGGGGCAAAAAUAUCAAAGAUCCGAGGAGCAACCACCAACCAAUCAGAUCUUUGAAAUUCCUCUGAUUUCUCUAUCUGGGUUUUGCUGGGUUUAUGAUGGGGUGGAGAUACAGAGCUGGGUUGUUCCUAAUUGCUGCUGUUGUUGUCAUUUGGGUCACCUCUGCAGAAGUUACCCAGGGUAUAUUUACGGACUAUAAGCAGCCAUUUGCAGUAACAUAUCUUGGAGCUUCUCUUAUGGUAGUUUACAUCCCAAUAGCAUUCAUUAAGGAUUGGUUGUGUAAUUUUCUAAAAUGCCGCUCUUCUAGAAGUGGUAAAAAUGCAGAAAGCGUGAAUGAGUUUUCUGCUGGAUUUAGUUCUUCUAUAAAACUCAAUGGAUUGCAGAAAGAAUUUGAAUUGGAAAUUCAUGGGUCCUUGACCAGAAAAGACAGUGAUGCAGAGUUUUCACCUCAUAUUGAAGAACAACCUUUGGUUUCUAAAUACAAAGAUGACUUGAAUGUGCUGAAACAUGAUAAGGAGGUUACUACGAGGCAAAUUGCUACUUAUGGGUUUUACAUUGCCCCUCUCUGGUUUAUGACGGAGUACUUUUCAAAUGCUGCUCUCGCGCGUACAAGUGUUGCAAGUACAACAGUAUUAUCCUCAACGUCAGGACUAUUUACUCUUUUUGUUGGUGCAUUCUUGGGCGAAGAUUCUUUAAAUAUAGCAAAGGUGGUUGCUGUCUUUGUUAGCAUGGCUGGUGUAGCUAUGACAACUCUGGGCAAAACGUGGGCUACAGAUGAGUCACAACUCAGUGCUGCCAAUGGGAAACGCUCUCUUGUUGGAGAUCUGUUUGGUCUUCUCUCAGCCAUGUCAUAUGGUCUAUUUACUGUUCUUCUCAAAAAGUUUGCGGGCGAAGGAGGAGAAAGGGUCAACGUGCAAAAGUUGUUUGGGUAUAUUGGAUUAUUUACACUUGUAUCGUUAUGGUGGCUUGUUUGGCCGUUGACAGCAUUGGGCAUUGAGCCCAAGUUUAUGAUUCCUCACUCUGCUAAAUUGGAAGAAGUUGUUAUUGCCAACGGCUUUAUUGGAAGUGUACUCUCUGACUACUUCUGGGCACUAUGUGUUGUGUGGACAACUCCACUUGUUGCCACCUUGGGCAUGUCGCUCACCAUCCCCCUUGCUAUGGUUGCUGACAUGUUUAUCCAUGGCCGCCAUUAUUCAGCAGUUUACAUACUUGGCUCUGCUCAGGUGUUUGCAGGAUUUGUGAUAGCUAAUCUUUCGGAUUGGUGCUCGAAGAAGUUGGGAUUAUAGCAUUGUGUCGAAGACUACGUGAUUUGUUUGGGAAUCCUGAUUCUUUUAUGGGGCCAUUUUCUCUCUUCCGUUCUGAUCGGACGUCAAGUUCUUAAGUUUACGAGCCGGAAAUUUGUCUUGAAUAGGAGUGGUUGGUUUGUGGAGAGGGAGAGUGAGGGAACGGAAUAUAGUUGUAUCAUACUUGAUUGCGUAAAUCAACUCUGGGGUGAGGUUUGUUCUUUCACCUUCAUCAGGUCUGAGUGUGGAGCCCUGAAAUGUAAUAAACCUUUUGUGGGUUCAAAGUAAAAUCUUACAUCGCGCGCUC